CAGGUCUCAAGUGAUUAGAGCAUCGUAUUUUUUUUAAUACACAAAGACAAAAGAGAUUGUAUAAUAAAUACGUAUUGAUAACGAUUUAGGCAAAAUGCUGGUAGUUUAGUGAUUAGCGUCUGUUUUUGGUUUAAAUUCCAAUACGAAGUGACAAUUUAAUCAGUGUUGGUUGACUUUGGGAGCUUACAGCGCAUAACAAUAAGAUCGUAAGAAGAAAAAAAUUAAAUUGAUACGAACAAUGUCUGAAAAAAUCAAGCCUGAAAAGUCUGAAAUAUUAUCUCAAGAAUGGACAUUUACUGUAUCUGUAUCCAACAUAGGAUCUAAGGAGAAGGUGGUUAUGGCAGGAAAUAUUGCUGAACUUGGCGAAUGGGAUUAUAAAAAAGUUGUGCUGCUUAACCAUGUCGAAGACACAAAUAUAUGGACUAAAACAAUUAUAAUUCCUAAUACUUGUGAUGUAUUCUAUCGCUAUGCCAUAUGUAUUAUUAAUGAAGAAACCAAAGAUAUAAUAGUCCGCCGAUGGGAAGCUAACAUUCAACCUAGAGUUAUCAAAGAAAAUAUGCUUCAUCCAGUUACUGACACCUUUGGUGAAUAUGGUGGGAAACAAAAUAUCUGUAGGGGAUGGCUGACGUCCCAAAGCUUAGUCCAGUUCAAAUUUAAUAACAAUCCUUUGAAACUAAAAAGUCGUUUUGUUGGUAGACUAAUAAAUAUAAAGGUAACUCCUGUUAAGUUAUCAUUUGGUGCUGAGCCUCAAAUAGAGGAUUCAUCUCUUAGUACAGAUACAGCAGAUGUAGAAAUUCCUGUAGGUGUAUUUGUUGAAAUAGCAACCCUUGAUAAUGACCCGACUAUUUGUAAUCUUCAGCCUCAAGAACAAUUUGGUCGAGAAUAUAAGCCAAAUGAUAUCAUGAUAGUCAAUGUCUUAGCACCUAACCCUAAAAGUCUUGCUUACCUCAUAGAUUUCUAUUCCUAUAGCACUCGUGCUUCUGUUGAAGAACCUCCAUGUCAUAUAGGGUAUACAUAUGUUUUACCUAACAUGUUCAAGCCUUCAGAAGGCUCAAUGGAGUUACCAGUUACCUGUAAUGUUAAGCAUCGACCCCUUGGUACAAUACAGUUUGAAUAUCUGAUUGUAUCUCCUAUGGAGGAUAGCCUCUGUAAUAUGGAAACAACUUAUGCAAAGCACUGGGAUCCAUCUUGGACUGGUCUAGAAGUUGGCCACAGGGGAUUAGGUGCAAGUUUUAAAACAAAAGAGGGAAAUGCAAUUCGUGAAAACACAAUAGCUUCCCUUAAAAAGGCAGCUGCCAGCGGGGCAGACAUGCUGGAAUUUGAUGUGCAACUCAGUAAAGACAUGAUACCAGUAAUUUAUCAUGAUUUUCAUGUGUGUAUUUCAAUGAAAAGAAAAAAAGAAGUUGACUUCACAGAAAUGCUAGAAUUGCCAGUCAAAGACUUGACCUUGGAGCAUCUACAGAAACUUAAGGUGUACCAUUUAGUUGAAGGUCGUAACCAUGAAACAUUGUUUUUUGACGACGACUUAGAGGAACAUCAACCUUUUCCAACACUUGAAGAUGCACUCAAGAAACUAGAUGAACAUGUUGGUUUCAAUAUUGAACUUAAAUGGACUAUGGAGUUGAGUGAUGGCACCUUUGAACUAAAUAAUCCUUUUGACAUGAAUACAUACGUUGAUAAGGUUCUAGAAGUCGUUUUGAAACAUGCUGGUGAGCGUCGCAUUGUUCUUUCCUGUUUCAACCCCGAUAUAUGCACUAUGGUUCGUAACAAACAAAACAAGUAUCCUGUCAUGUUUUUAACCGUGGGAGUUUCUGAAAAGUAUCAACCAUACCGUGAUCCGAGAUGCUUGACAAUACCAGCGGCUGUCCAAAACGCUAUUAGUUCGGAUAUUUUGGGCAUUGUUGUCCACACCGAGGACUUACUCCGAGAUCCUACCCAGGUGAAACUAGCAACAGACGUCGGCUUGGUCAUAUUUUGCUGGGGAGAUGACAAUAAUGAUAAGAAUACUAUAAAAAAGCUCAAGGAGAUGGGCUUGCAUGCCGUAAUAUAUGACAAGCUCGACAAGUAUACAACUAAAGAAGUCAAGGAGAGCAUAUUCCUGGUGGAGGCGCGCGAGUCGCAGCGGGAGCUCAUCGGGCUGGCGGCGCUGGAGGCGUCCCCGCGCAGUGACAGCUCGGCGUCGGCGUCGGCGGCGAGCGCGGGCGACUCGGGCGCGCGCCGCUUCCUCGACCUGUCGCAGCGCCGCGAGCUGGCGGCGCGCUCCACCGUCACCUCGCUCGAGUCGCUCGCCUCCUCUAUCGACAUACGAGACGACCCAGUCGACAAAAACCUGAAACGCAACCGCGAGCUCAUCAGGAGUAUCGAUAAGGAGUCCCAGGUUAAGGAGCAGCGGAACUCGUUUAGAGGUCUCUUCGCGACUUGCGAUGUCGAUAAAUCCAAAAGUUCCCCGAAAAAAUCGCGGAAGGACGAGUAGAUACGAGUGUACAAAUUUAUUUCCAUGUAGACACUAGAUGAUUUGCACAAUGCAUUAUUUAUUAAUUUCCCUAGCGAGGCUUGCCACAUUAUCACAUUUUCUACGCCAUUCACUAUAUUUUAUUAUUUUUGUAACUACAAAAAACAAUUUUUUAAGUGUAUGUACGUAGGUAAAUUUUGAAGUAUUAAAUCAAUCAAUGUAUUAUA